AUGGUCCCACUGCCACGUAUUCGAGAUUUCGAGGCGAUGCUGCAAUACUUUCUACAGAGGCAUCAGCAGGUACAGGCACAACUGGCCCGCACGCAGCAGGCACAGACUCCGCAAACCACACGCUCACAAGCUCAGGCCCAACAGCACGGCAUUCCGUAUGUGAACAGACUGGCCUCUAAUCUCAACGUCACCAACAACGGUCAGCCAGCUCCAUCCAACGAUGCGCAGCAGCAACGUACCGCAGUGGAUAACCAACCAGCUGCUAGUCUCGCCAACAGCACAGUCUCCGCCUCCGCCUCAGUAGCUGGAAUGUUUGAGCCUCCGGCCAGGACGAGGACGAACGGACCGCCUGCUGUGGAACCAUGGAUACCGGUGAACAGCCAGCCUCGAGAGCAGGCGCGACCAAAUCCGAUUCUAGGGGCCCCUAGAGCAGUGGCGGGUCCUCCUACUGCGUCGCGAGCGUCGAUCAAACAGGAGAGCGGGCCGGAACAAAGCAAGGCUUCUGCGAGUAAGCCGGGGCAGCCUACCGCUGUUACCGCUGCUGCUCCUUCCUUUCCGCGACCAGGACAGGGCUUCCGCAUAGAGAAGAAUCAGACCAGACGUGUGACCCAGUUCGGAAUCCGAUUCGGUCAAGCAAGUCUCAGCCUGCAGCAGUUUAACACCCAGCCCAGACCCCAGCAUCAGCAGCAGCAACUUCAGCAGCGUCCCCACGACCUCCGCGCCGUUCGCGUUCAGACAGCCCAACCCAGCACAGGAGCGUCAGCAACUGCAGGACCAGCAACCGCGACAACACCAGCCCCAGCAAGAGAACUAGCGUCCCGGCCGCAAGUACCCGCGGCUCCCAUAGUUCACCGCCUCCCACCCCGGCCUCCCACCUUGAAGUUCCCGCUGUCCGGAAAAGCGCUAACGACGCAUUUCCUCGCGAUCCGCAAAGACCCCUACGCUGUUCUCGGCAUUCACCGCAACGCCACUGCGGAACAGAUCAAGCAAGCGUAUCGGAAGGCUUGCAUGCAGCAUCAUCCUGACAAGAACGCAGAGGAUAGAGAGGGAGCGUUGGAAAGGUUCCAUGUCGUGACACAGGCUUAUGGUGUGCUCAAGGAAGAGGAAAACAGGGGGGAGUAUGAUCGGAAGGUGAGGAUGGGGAAGGGGGUCGGAGGUGCUUGA